AUAGUCUUUACUUUUCUUGCUCUUAUUCUCAUCCUUUGUCUCUAGUCUAGGCGUUUAAGUGUUCCUCUUUCCAUGAAAAGUCCAUGUGUUCCUCUUUACUUCAAAAAUACCCACAGAUUUAUCAAAAGCGCAAUAUCUGAUCAGUACCAUGAAAAAGAUGAGAGGAACGAGAUAAGUGGUACACUUGGAGAGAAAGAGAACCAAGGGACAAUGCCAAAACAUGUGGCAAUCAUAUUGGAUGGAAAUAGACGUUGGGCGAAGCAAAACGGACUCACGAUAGCGGAAGGUCAAGAAGCUGGAUGCAGAAGAGCCUUGGAUAUGACUGAGGAAUUUUUCAUUGCGGGGAUAAACACUGUUUCACUCUUUGCUUUCUCUACUGAAAAUUGGAGAAGACCCCAGGAUGAAGUUGACUACUGGAUGGUCAUUUUUUGCCAAGAUGAUGAUACCUCAAGCCCACAGGUAUCCCAACAUGUUAUCGUUGAUCGUUUUUUUAUUUUUAUUUUUGAAUUUAUCCAUAUCGAAAGAUCACUUUUGUACAAUGGAUGUAAACGUUUAUUUUUGAUCCUUUUAUGAAGCGUUAUACAAUGUUAAUAUUUCCUUUCUUCUUAAUUUAGACAAAAAAUCAAGGUUACGGUUAUCGGAAAGCGGGAAAACAUCCCCGCGUCGCUUCGAGAUGCGAUACUAGAGGUAGAAGAAGCUACAAAGAGCUACAAAGGGAAGCAACUCAUCAUGGCGCUAGACUAUAGCGGAAGGUUAGAUAUCUUACAAGCGUGUAAAAGUCUUGCUGAAAAGGCGAAAAACGGCUUGAUCCAAUUGGAGGACAUCAACGAAAAGUUGAUGGAAAACGAACUGAUGACAAAGUGUAGUGAGUUCCCUAUCCCUGAUCUGUUGAUCAGAACGGGUGGAGAACAAAGGAUCAGUAACUUUUUCCUAUGGCAAUCAGCUUACACUGAGCUCUACUUUCCUACUGUACUGUGGCCUGAGUUCGGCAAGGCUGAGUAUCUCGAGGCCUUGACUUGGUAUCAGCAGAGGGAGAGGCGAUUUGGUCUAAGAGUUUAAACUUUGAGUUUCAUAUCUCACGAAUAAAAUUGUUCAAUUAAUGAACAUGUGCGUUUUUACGUUUACUAGCUUAAAAUGUUACUUUUAAUUUUUGUUGGUUUUCUACAAAACAUCAUCUAAAAAAUUCUGAAUUUCGAGUUUGCAAUUGUUAAUUAUUGUUUUAAACAAUCACAAUUAUUUUAGUAACGUAUUAAACCUCGAAACUAACUUAGACCUUGAUCCACAAAACCUUUGUAAAAGCAUCAUAUAGAAAAACACCAUCUCAGAACUCAUCGAGUUUGGCUCUACUGUCACAGUAAUGGAAACCAAACAAAGCUUUUGUAUAAUCCAACAGAGAGAUUCAGACAGAGAAUCUAGGGUUAAAGUGAUCACCACUCUUACUUUAUGACGUUGACCACUUCCCUCUGGAAUUGGAAAUAAUUAACAUUUAAAUAUUUGGGCUUUUUCAUUAUAGUGGGCCUAUCCUAAACCCAGUAAGGGGCCCAAUAUGAUUUUUAAGAAGAGAAGAAAAAAAUCUGGCCUAGGUGGGUCUGAGACCACACUUCCAUGGCAGCGCUGAGGAUAUCGAGAGCUGAUUGCCUUAUCUGCUCGUCAUGAGUAGCCUCCGUCUUCCUUAGCCAUUCACAACAAAAAAAAA